AUCUCAAACUUGAAUUAUCAUAUCUUAUCUUCAACCUUCAAUCUUCAAUCUUCAAUAGUUUGAUUUUAUUACAUUUUUAAAAAUGGAUUCCCAAAAGAUGAGCCAUCAAGCUGGACAGGCCCACGGCCAAGCUCAGGAGAAGUUGAGCCAUCAUGCUGGCCAAGCUCAGGAGGAGUUAAGCCAUCAUGCUGGCCAAGCCCAGGAGAAGUUGAGCCAUCAUGCUGGACAGGCCCAGGGCCAAGCUCAAGAGAAAACUAGCAACUUGAUGGACAUGGCUAGCAAUGCUGCUCAAACUGCAAAAGAAACUGUUCAAGAGGCUGGUCAUCAAGUGAAGGCAUCGGCACAAGGAGCUGCUGAGGCUAUGAAGAAUGCAACUGGCUUAAACCAGAAGUGAUGCAAUUAAGCUUAAGGAACUCUAAUAAUUCAGAUUUAUUCGGUUUUUUAUUUAUUUUGGUUUCUAGGGCAUUAUGUAUAAAAUGAUACUCUAAUUUAGUUUGUUGCUCCUUAUUAGGAGUCAUGUGAAUAAUUCUUUGUUUCAACAAGAGAACUAUGAUUUAGUUCUCUUUUUAUUCAUUGAUGAAUGAAAUAUGUAUUAG